AUGGCGACGAAUUAUAAUGUGUCGUAACCACCACAAAUGUUAUGAGGAUUUUGUUCCAAUACACGGGAUACUAUGAACUGAUUUAACAUCAGCAAUGGGAAAUAAAGAAUCAAAAGCGACAGUUCUACCCUAUGAAGAAGCUGUCAGACGAGUAAGUGAUGAAGAACUCAAACGCCUCAGAGAUGCGUUCAAGCGUUACUCACUUCCCUCCGGUUUCAUGAGUCGACCUGUAUUUGUGAAAGAUGUACUAGGAGACUGCGUUCCACUGAAACUUGGAGAGCAUCUUUACUAUGCCUUCGGAGGGAGCAACAAGGGCAUAGUAUUCAAAGAGCUUUUAUGUGGACUGGUUUUACUCACUAAAGGAAAACGCAUUGAGAAAAUUAAAUUCAUUUUUCAAUUGUGUGCCAAUGAAGCGGGAAUGCAUGUCAACCGUGAUGAUUUACAGAACUUCAUUCUCGCGUGUGAUGGUGGCCCAGUGCCAAUAGAAGUCAAACAGCUGUUCCGAGGGGCUGACCAUGUAUCAUAUGAGCAGUUUUGCUCCUGGCUUCUCAACCAUACCGGGGUCAUGAAGAUUUCCUCCUGGCUCCUAGAAGAUACACAGCGCCAAGGCCUCAGACUGUCAGACGAUGGAGACACACCCACCUUCUACCAAACACUAGCUGGUGUCACGCACUUGGAAGAAGUUGAUAUAAUUGAGCUUGAGAAGAAAUAUUGGAUGCUACAAGCUCAGUCGAAGACAGGACGCUUUGAUCUAGAGACGUUUACACCUUUAAUAUCACCACCUGUACCGAAAGACCUCUGUAAAGGUUUAUUUCAUGCGUUUGAUGAGAAUCAUGACGAGCAUAUAGAUCUAAAAGAGAUGGCUUGCGGCUUGUCAGCAUGCUGCAGAGGUCCAUUAACAGAGAGACAGAAAUUUUGUUUUAAAAUAUUUGACAAAAAUCGUGAUGGUUUAUUGGACCGACAAGAACUUGAAAGCAUGUGUGCUUCCCUUAUCAACAUCCGUAAGGAAUUACGCGCAGGAAUGGAAAUAAAAUUUGCUGGAGAAAUAAAAGAAAAUCCAAAUAUACGAAGUGCCAGGUUCAGGGAAUUGGAUUAUGAAAAAAUUGAGAAAUUAAACCCUGUUGCCAUCGCUGGAGACAUCUUAGCAGCUCAUGAUGGUGAUGAGGAUGGCAGCAUCACACCGGAGGAAUAUCAGAUGUGGACAGUUAAAAGCAGUCUCCCUGAUGACUUCUGUAAUCUGCUCUUUGAGGUUUGUCAUGUUGUCCUGGGGCUCAGGCCUGCAUCACGAGAGGAAGAGAAAAAAGUAGUGUUGGGCUGGAUAGAUAGGGAAAAGAGGCGUGGCCUACAAAUGGGUACAACUUGGUACCUCAUUGCAAUAGACUGGUGGAGAUCAUGGAAUAAAUAUGUCAAUUACAAUCCUAAAAGUGUGAACCACGCUACCAGUUCCCCGCUGAAGAGUAACACCCUACCUCGAAACCUACACAGCAACACUCAAGCAUGGUCUAAUAGGCCCGGAGGAAGUCCUAAUUUCCCACGCAGGUCAACAGCUUCAAAGUCAGAUAACAUUCGACCUGGAAGCAGCCUCUCUGGAUUAUCACCGACAGGUUCUCCGCGUAGUUCUGCAUAUCAUUAUUCCCCAAGGAAAGGUGCUUAUGAGUAUUCAGGUAUUCCACUUGUUCCAAUUAGACCCGGCCCAAUUAAUAAUGCCCCACUCAUCGUACAGGAUCCUAAAAAGGUCCCAGUUCUAACUAAUGAAGGUGGAAGGUUAAAAAGAAGUUUGAACCCAAUCAUAGGCCGAGAAUUUGAGAUCAUUCCUGAUCCGGUAUGGAAAGCACUGUAUCAAUGGUAUGCAGGAGGACCAAUUCUACCUAGAAAUGUAAUAACCCCAACAAAAGGUGAUAGGUUACCUCAUCUUGAAUUGUACCCACUGAAUGUGAAAUUACUGCGUCACCUAACAAACACUCCUAAGCAGGGUAAUGUUGGCAUUGGUGGGUUAUCAAUUGGUAGCGGUGGUAUAUCUUGGAAUAACUCAAGCUCAACGAGUAAUGCGACGACCACGCCCAAACGUUACCUUGCGUACACCGCAUCAUUUAGUAAAAUGCAUACGAUACAACAGGUUCAUGAAUUUUUAUGUGCUCGGCUUAGGGUCAGGGCCGAGGAAAUGCGGCUAUGGAGUCUGAAAGAUGAGAAUAAUCCAGUUUUAUUAGAAGAUGAACCCGUUGUACUAGAACAGCUUAAAAUUGUGGACGACCAACCGAUGCUCAUAGAAAUUCGCAAUAAAGACCUCAGUUGGCCAGAAGAAAUGUCAUUACUAGCAAAAAAUAAACAAGAUAAACACAAACAAGUGCACACAGAGUGUGGUGUGACUGGUCUUAGUAACCUUGGCAAUACAUGUUUCCUCAACUCGGCCUUGCAGUGUAUUAGUAAUACUCAACCAUUGACUAUGUACUUCAAAUCAGAAUGCUACCUGUAUGAACUUAACUCAACCAACCCAUUGGGUAUGAAAGGCCACAUUGCAAGACGUUAUGGAGAAUUAGUAAAUGACCUUUGGGCCGGUAAUGCAAAGAGUAUAGCACCUCUCAAAUUAAGGUGGACAAUAGCAAAAUAUGCACCAAGGUUCAAUGGUUUCCAACAGCAGGACUCGCAGGAGUUACUGGCUUUCCUUCUUGACGGCCUACAUGAAGACCUAAACCGAGUACAUGAUAAGCCGUAUGUUGAACUGAAAGACAGUGACAGCAGACCAGACGAAGAAGUUGCCAAAGAGGCCUGGGAAAAUCAUCUACGUCGCAAUAGAUCCAUAGUUGUAGACUUAUUCCACGGUCAAUUGAAAUCGCAAGUGCGUUGUAAAACUUGCGGGCAUGUUAGUGUUCGAUUUGACCCCUUCACCUUCCUUUCACUUCCUCUUCCUAUGGAUAGCUCAAUGCAUGUUGAAAUUAUAGUGGUCAAGUUAGACGGAUCCGUACCAAUGAAAUAUGGUCUGCGUUUGAACAUGGAUGACAAAUAUCGAGUGUUCAAGGGAAAACUUGGUGAACUUUGCAAUAUUCCUGUUGAUCAACUGCUCUUGGUGGAAAUAGGGGGCGCUAUGAUCAGAGGUUUUCCGUUAGAAUCUCAGAAGAUUCGUACAUUACUAGGAGGAAUCUUGUAUGCAUAUGAAGUCCCUGCUCCUCCCCCUGAUGCCAUCAGCUGUAAAGUCAGCCCAGAUGUCACAACCCCCACUCAAAUAGGUUUACCCACAAGCCCUAAUACAUCUUUACCACCAAUCAAUACCACCAACUCAGAGCAUCUGGUGGUGUCUGCAACGCAGUCUCCAUCUCAGAGCCCAACGCCAACUCCGAAAAACAUACAAGUUUCAUCACAGGCUAAGCCAAAUGGUAGCAUUCACCAGAACAAACCGAAUGGAAAGAUACCAGCAGUAAACAGCUCAAGUACACCUGUGAAACAGCACAGUAGAAACCCUAGCAAUGCCAGCAGUGUAGGGCAGUCUCCAACUCAAACGCAACCUGUAGAAUGGAUAAUUGUAGCAAUGCAUCGUAAAAUGAUACGUAUGGAUGUAUACUUCCUUGGAUGGCAGAAGAGUCGACCGGGAUUGUUUGGCACGCCUCUCAUUUUGUCCAAUCAUAAUGGUGUAACGAAUUGUGACCUUUACGAUCAGGUGUGGACACAGGUGAAGAGGUUGGUGAGCUCCCCACCUCCCUCAGAAGUAAACUCCGGUAACAAGAACCAUGCUGAGGAUGGAGACAGCUCCAGACAGUUUUACCCAUUCACCUUGAAAGCUGUACAGAAAGAUGGUCUCACAUGUGCUUGGUGUCCAUGGUACAGGUUCUGUAGAGGAUGUGAAAUAGUGUGUGACUCUUUGAAGUUUAAUCAUGGUACUACAUACAUUGCUGUGGACUGGGAACCCACAGCGUUGCACCUUAGGUACCAAUCAUCUCAGGAAAGGGUAAGG